CAGUCUGCACACUUUCUAACCUUCAGAAGCUUCACCAUCCUUCACAAGCAUCAAGAUGAGAGCAAUCAUAUUGCUGUGUCUGCUGCCUGCAGCGGUCUGGGGAAUGUUUUCCUGGGAUCCAAAAGACCACACAACACCCAGAGCAGACCACUAUCUAAAGUGUUACGACCAGGAGUCUUGUGGCUGUUGUCUGAUGGAGAGACAAAUGAACAGGAUGGAAAUGUACUUUAACAAGAGUGUGUACCACAUGCAUGAGCUGCUGAUGAAAUCCAAAACUGCCCUCAUGAAUAUGAGAGCCAGCCGUAGCGCCUUCUCUGUCGCUCUGAACAAUGCCAACAAUAUGACCUGCUUUGGCCCCUUCGCUGAGAACAUGGUCAUCAUAUACGAACACGUAUUCCUCAACCUGGGAGGCGGCUACAACGUGAACACUGGUAUCUACACUGCUCCCCGCUCUGGUUUCUACAGCUUCGCCGUCACUGUCUACAGUAAAGUUAGCGAUGUUAACCAAACCAUAGCCGUCUGCGCCAGCCUGCAGAAGAACGGUAUGGUGGUGUCAGGAUCCACUGAAAAAAACAAUGAAGACCAAGAGGACAGCACCACCAUUGUAGUGGGCAUUGGCUUGAAUGCUGGGGACGAGGUGGCGGUCAUCCUGCCUGCAGGAUGUUUCAUCUGCGACAACAAAAGCCACUAUAACACUUUCACUGGCUUCCUGCUGUAUGCUGACGACCACACUCACUAUACCACAGCGUAA